AUGAACUCAAAGUACCAGGCCCUUUCUACAAAGGUUGACAAUGGUUUCAACAACAGUCCACCACCUAUCAACCGGGGGCUUGCUAUCGGGCUACCUCUUGGGCUCGGCAUUCCUCUAACUAUAGCCGUGAUCUUCUUGUGUGCCAUGUGGAUUCGUCGCAGAUAUCCAUAUAUACCGCAACACAUGAACAACGAGGAAGCAGAAAUCUAUAUCAAAAUACACAAGGCGACACGCGGAAGCAAGAUCUCCGCGAAUUCGAUUUACCUAUUUUCUGUUCUGACUAACGAGCUUUUCGCAGGAACUCUCACUGAGAAGCUCUGCGAUCUUUUUGAAGCCGUUGGUCUCAAAAAGAAACAGGUUAUUCCGGAGGUCUCUGUUAUGGCCAACACACCCACGAAGUGA